GUUUUUAAUUCAUUUAUUUUUUUCUAAUAUUGUGUUUGUUUUUUUUUCUUAAAAAAUAAAAAAUAAUGUCUUGGUGGAGCUAUUUUACAGGAAAAUCAUCAUCAAAAAGAGACCUUCCAAAAAAUGCCAUUCUUAAUACUAAAGAAAUGAUAGCAACUUUAGAUAAAAAAGAAAAUCAUUGGAGAAAACAAGUCCUUGAGCAAGAUAAUAUAGUUAAAUUAAAUGCGGCCAGUAACAAGCCAGUUGCCAUGCAGGCACUUAGACGAAAAAAACUUCUUGAAAGCGAGAUAAAUAAACUUAUGGGAAUACGAAUGAACCUUGAACAAACAUUAUUUACUCUUGAAAAUGCAAAUAUAAAUUACGAAGUAACAAAAGCAAUGAAACAAGGCACAGACGCAAUGAAACAAAUAUCUAAAGGAAUGACACCUGACAAAGUAGAUUCUAUAAUGGACGAUAUAAGGGAACAAAUAGACCAUCAUAAUGAAGUAGGAGAAUUAAUUGCUCGACCUAUAGGAAUAUCAGAAACAUUUAACGAAAAUGAACUAAACGAAGAACUUGAAAGAAUACAACAAGAAGAACUAGACGAAAAAAUGCUUGGUGCAGAAAAGCCACCUAUUCAACUACCUAAUUUUAAUACAAAUAAAUAUGAAGAAUAUAACCAAAUAGAUGACGAAGGGGCUGAAAUCAGGGCCCUACAAGAAGAAAUGGCAAUAUAAUUUAAUAUUCCAAUACUAAAGUUCUUUAAGCCCUGAAUUUGUUCAGUUCAAUAUACAAUAAAUAUCA